UCUCCUACAUAUAUCUUGCUCCCUCUUACUUCGAACAUCUCCGUUGGGCCCAUGUUGGCAGUGGAGGUUCGACAGAGAUGCCGCCGCCUCCCGUGACGAUCUACAUUACAUCUUUGACAUCACAUCCAACUGUGCGAUCCCAUACAGAUUUGCUGCAUCGUGCCCUCAAGGGCAACAAAAUCCCCUAUGAAGCAUUUGACUUGGUCAUGGAUGAAGCUGCCAAGACGCGAUGGCAACGCGCAAAACCCGCUGGCAAGCCAAUAGGCCUUCCUGGGUACCUUGUCGGCGGCGAAUGGAUGGGGACCAUGGAAGAGUUCGAAGAAGCCGUCGAGUGCGGGAAUCUUCGCGAAUUUCUCAAGCAGGACAAAGAUCUCGCCAUAGACGAAUCCUCCAUGAACAAGAGCGAUUCAGUGACUCAGGCUGAACUGGACGAACUCAUGAAAGGCAUGUCGGACGGAGAUCUAGAGGCGCUCGCUGGCGAACUCGAUCAAGUGGAGCCACCGCGAUCUGUUCAGAAUACUGCCUCUGCUGCUCCCUCUACGAAAACCGAUAUCGGUCCAUCUCACCCAUCUUCCACUGACAACGCUCCACCUCGCUUAGCCACUGCUGGCCUUCCAUCACCUUCCUCUGUGCCGCUUGGGUCUCGAGUCUCAUCCCCGGACGAUGGAUCGACCAGAUCCAAGUCUAAAGACCGCAAGAGUAAGGAGGAUCUGGCCAGACAAAUGGCCGAAGCUGGGACUAUGGAUAGUAUCCUGGCAGCUAUGCAAGAAGCCGAUGGAAGAUAGAAUAAUGUAUUCUUUUGGACUGUCUGUCAAAAGCUCUCAGUGUCGACUGGGCUCUAAAUCUCUUGUCUGAACUGUGUCUCUCUCUAUGCAUGCCCCCGCCAUGCUCUGUAUCCCG